CACCCACCCCAUUCUAUGCCACCCAUUAAUUAAUUUACAAUUCUACACCCAAACAUUUACUCACCCCCACCCAACAUGUCCACAGGCAGGGCCACACCACACCCACUCUAGCGUUCCAAAAAGUCCACAGAGCCUCCCAGACCCAAAAAUCAUUUCUCUCCUCGGUCUCGGUCUCCGUCUCUCUGUCUCCUCCGCUCUUCAGCCUUUAGCCCGCACUGUUGAAGAUUAUUAACUUCUCCAUCUUCUAAAAAUGAAACAGAACGAUCCACCGACACUCAUAACAAUCCCAUCAACCACAGCUACACCAACGGUCUUCAGGAAGGACACCUCACCUUCUUCUUCUUCUUCUUCUUCUUCUUCUUCUCCAUCAUCCAAAGGCAGAAGCUUUUUGGACAAGACUCGCUACAAGUUCUGGGUUUUAGCUGCGAUUCUCCUGCUGGCUUUCUGGUCCAUGUUCACCGGAUCCGUUACCCUCAAGUGGUCCGCCGGCAACUUAACUCGCCUCUCCGACGACUUGGACCUUCCAUCCUUCGACGAUCUCGAUAUUCUGGAGGUGGAGGAGAGAGAGAAGGUGGUGAGGCACAUGUGGGAUUUGUACACCCAGAGCAGCAGAAGUAGCAGCAAUCGAUUGCCUCGGUUUUGGCAGGAGGCUUUUGAAGCAGCUUACGAGCAUUUAAGCAGUGAUGUUGCCCCUGUUCGAGACGCUGCCGUUUUGGAGAUUGCCAAGAUGUCCAUCCGCUCCAUCACACUCGACCCCUUUCCCCUUCAACUUCAUUCAGCGAGCAAUAGAGAAUUGAAAAAGAGAUCCAAGAAAGAAGAGGAAAGCAACAAGGUAGCUACAGCAGUAGCAAGUAGCUGAAAACUAGAAGCCUGCCUUCCAUUUUGCUACUUACUCAUUCAACUCCUGCUCAAAAUUUGGAGGAAGAAGAUGUCCGUCCAUCUGGACAAUACACACAAUUUAUAUAUAUAUAAUUUUACCCAUCUGAUCUGUAUUACAAUCUUAACCCAUUGCAUGCACCGACUUUUAUAUUAAGGAGGAUUGCGGUGAAUUCAACUGUUUGUUUAUAUUUUAGUGUUAUCAGAGAGUUUUACGAAAUAGUCAGACAUGUACGUACCAAGUAUUUUUUGUUUUAUUUGAAUUCCCCAAUCAAGUUGUGGUAUGAUUCUGCUAAAAUAAAAUAAAAUAAACUAAAUUAGGCGUUCAA